AUGGUGAUGGCAUUUGCUAAUAUUCAGAUUCAGGAAGGCGACGGUCUAUCAGACAGGGUCUGCUCAACUUGUGUGGAAAACUUAAGUGCAGCUUAUUUGUUUAAAUUACAAUGUGAAAGGACAAACUCCUUUCUUCACCAAUGUCCAGCAGAACAAGUUGUUGAGCCUUCUCUUGAUAACUUUAGUGAAUUUUACAAUAAAAAAUUUCAUGUACAUUCGGAUGAUGGAAUAGUAGAAGAUAUUUAUCAAGAGAUUGAGUGCCGAAAAAUUGAAGACAAAGAAACACCUAAAUCAAGUCCAUUUAAAUCAUUCCUUUCUAAAAUAGGGAGCGAGUCGACAAGCAAGCACAGCACUCCAAAGAAAGUUAGUUUUCGUAACUGGAUUGAAGCCAGUAAAGCUAAAACGUCGCAAUAUUUGCCAUUUCGAAAAUAUAUCGAUAAUUAUAAACUCAAAAAGAAGUCAAAUAAUUAUGCACCGAUAAAUCCAAAAUCAGUAACAAGUACCAUAAAGGCCACAUAUCCAGAAACCAUGUCAGAUAGUGAUUACCAUUCACCAAGCGGUGCUUCAGAAGAGUCAUGGAAAAUGAAACAGAAUUUGAUUUGUGCCUGUGACAAAAAAAUAUUUAUGCUGUCAGAGUUUAUCCAUGACCGUGACCGAAUAGUGGCAAUGAUCAAAGAAUUAGGUGGAGUGGUUGCGGAAAACACUAAAAUGGAAAUGAUGGCCACACAUUUCAUUUCAGUUUUACCAAAUGAUACAUUUACGGGAAUGAUGGUGUGUUCCCUGGCUACUGGCAAAUGGUUGCUUCACAUUAGCUUCAUAUACGAUAGUUUCCGAUGUAAAAAGUUCUUGCGUGAGGACAUGUAUGAGUGGUUAAAACAUCCUAAAAUAGUUGAAAUAGAUGCAACAAAUGUUGAAGUUGCAAAAGCUGCAGUAUUCUGGCAUUUGGAACUUCAAGCUCUGGAUGCUAAAUUUCCUUUUGAAGGGAAACAGAUUGUUUUAAUUAUGCGGAAGAAAUAUAGGCAAUAUUAUCAAAUGAUUUUUAAAGCACUUAAAGCAAAACCAUUGACAUAUGAUCCGAGAACUCCUGGAAGCUGUUGUUCUGCUGAUUAUUGUUUUGUUGAUAUGAAAAUCAUAGAAAGAGUUAAGCUUCGCUUUUUUUUCCAUCACAAUGUGCCGAUUUUUCCAUAUCAAUUCAUAUUGGUCUUCCUUUUGAAGAAGGGUCGAGUGGAAGAUGAACAGAAAUAUAUGUUACAAGAACGCUCAAAAUUUGUAUCAGAGGAAACAGUCUGUUUCUUUAAUAAUACAUUU